AUGGUGUUAACGUUAUGGUCACUUCGUUCCAAACACACUAAAGCAUCAAAUUAUGAUUUGGAAAGGAUAUACCAGGGAAUAAGCAACUAUUUCACUCUGAAAAUCCAUCAUGGUGGGAUAUUCACGAAAAGCCCUGGGAGAAGGUACGUAGAUGGAACAAUAGACUAUGUUGACUUCGUAGAUAUUGACGUAUUCUCUGUGCAUGAGUUGGAUACAAUGGUUCGAGAAAUAGGGUACGUAGAAGGGCAAACUUUGUAUUAUCAUUUUCUUAUUCCAGAAGUAGAGUUGGACUUUGGUCUGUUACCUCUAGGAAAUGAUGGGGAUGUGCAUGUAUUGUCAAAUUAUGUGGAAAAAAAUAACCUUUUAAGUAUCUACAUAGAGCAUGGGCAUACAAGGGUUAACAGUUAUUUUUUGUCCCCCACCAAGGUUAUUAUUGAGGAGUUGGUUACUGAUGUAUCCCCUGAACUAGAUAGGAACCAAAAGAAGGGAAAAGUUGUUGGGUCUUCUAGGAAAAAAUUAGACUACUCCCAGUCCAUUGUGCCAUAUGGAACAUUUGAUGGACCUUCACAAGUGAUACAGGAUAGUGAGCCAGUUAUGGAUGAUGAGCCAGUUAUGACUGAUGAGCCAGUUUUGAAUGAUGAACCAGUUAUGAAUGAUGAACCAGAUUUGAAUGAUGAACCAGUUAUGAAUGAUGUACCUGUUAUGAAUGAUGUGCCAAUCAUAGAUGACCAAUAUGAUGAGCUAGUUAUGAAUAAUGAUCCAGUUGUAGAUGACGAAUAUGAUUGUGAGGAUAGUGCAGAUGAAAGUGAUUUUGAUAGUCAGCAUGAUGCAAAAAAAAUAGUGUUUGAUGAGGAACCUUUGAUAGAUGAUGUGGAGGUGAACAUGAUCAACUUCUGUAGUGUACUUGAUGAAGACAUUGACUUGGGCCAGCUUGAUCCGACAAACAAUAAUACUAAGGAAAAGGAAGACAUUGAAGAUGAACGUUUAGAAGUCUUAGACAAUGAUGUAUUUGAGUCAUUUGCUAGUGAAAAAGAGCCUAGGAAGAAAUUGUUAAGGUCCAUUCUAAAACCAGUUGCUUGUUCAUCUGGUGAGGUUCACACUAAAGCUUUUAAGAUUGAUCGGCAAAAGGGAAUCUUGGCUGCAAUAGAGAAGUUAUUUCCAUCAGCUGAGCAAAGGGCUAUGGAGAAACUGAAAAAGCUUAACCCAGAAGCACAUGAGUGUUUAAGUAAAAUUCCUGCAAAACACUGGGCAAGAUCCCAUUUCUCUGGAAGGGCAUUGACUGAUAGUUUAACAAAUAACUUGUGUGAGGUUAUCCGGAGUGGAGGGAUCUACCAACGCGUGGAGCUGACCUGGAGGGUUGAAGACGCACGAACACCAUCUCUAGACCUGAUGGUUUGCUUGUGGCGUCUUUACGAAGACGGACGAAGACGAGGGGCGCUAUUGGCUGGCUUCCGUUUUGAGUGA